CUACAAGAUUGUUCCGUUCAUGACGAACCGAGGACUAAUUCAGACCUGCCAACUAAUAUCGCUUGUUCAACGAACAAUGACGUUCGGGUCGUCCCUUUAAGGCACAAGAAACAGGUGACGGCAGAAAAUCUUAAAGGUAAAAUAUGGAUAGGGGAGAAAGUAGGGCGGCUCCUAGCCGCAUUGAGGUCGGUCGAACAGCUAGCAUGGAGAAUACCAGAGAUGAUGUGAUAAGGUUACCGUUUAUUGGCACCUUCCCACGAACUAGGAGGGAUAAAAUAGAUGAGAGUAAAAUGCCAUCUACCCAGUCUCCGACUAGUUAUAGACAGAAAAUAAGGAGUGGUAUAUUUGGAAACAGAACAUCACGAUUUCUCGAAGAAGUUAAACCUAGCGAACAAAGGGGGACUAUAUUUGGUACGCUACCGCGGCGCAAAGUCACAGAAACUGAUACAUAUCCGGAACACCAUAGCUCAUUGCCCCGAUCACAUUCAGACAUGAAAACAAUCAAGAGUUUGGUUAAAGAAACUAGUUUUCCUGUGUAUGGUGAUGGUCGAAAUACCUUUGAAAGAACAAUUAUAAACACAGAUUACCGAAGAUCUCCUUUCGCUGUUCGAUCGCCUCGUUCCAAUAGUAACAGUCGUGCCAGUAUGCAUGACUAUGCACUCAGUAGCGACGAGGGUUCUUGGUCGGCUGCGGAUAGUGGUCAUAUUGAUGAUAUGGAAAGUUCUGUGCUUAGUACGGCAUCCUCGCAAAAUGCUGGCGAUUCCAAUACAGACGAACAGAAAAAGAAGAAGAAAAACAUCAAAAGUUUAGGUAAAAGAAUCAAAAAGGGUCUCUAUUCCCUUUUUCACAAACAUGAAAAACGAGACAGAGACAGCGGUGUAGACGAUAUCCGACAAACUGAUGAAGAAAGCAACAGAACAUACUGUAGCACCGAUUCCGAAUUUGAUCGCGACAGCGUGAGCAAUUUUUCUUACACGUCCAGCGUCAGUCGAAACAAUUACGGAAGCAACGCGACUCUGUCACAAACUGGCCCCAAUGAAGAUCGACUCAGUAUGGUAUCGUCAUCAACGUUGUCAAAUUAUGGAAACGAUAGACAUAAAGCCGGUAUGCGUAGGGUGAGAAGUAUGGGUUUCCAAGAUAAGAAAAGUACUUUAGGCCACUUUGCUAAUGCUACUCCUUAUGAUAAACCUGAUGGAGAUGUUACUUCGGUGUCUGCUCAAAAUCAACGGAAGACAUAUUCGCAUCAACUAGGCAUGUCUCCCGGAAGUUCAACUGAUAUCGUGGACAGAAACGUGCAAGAUCGCACAGCUUCGGCAAACACGAAUAUACAUGAAGAUAGUAAUAUGAGACGCAGCUUAACAUCGGAGAAAAUUAAUAAAGACUCGAAGGUGACCAACAGAACAUCAUUACCAUUUAUGGGAAUUAAUUUGCAUUCUAAGAAGAGCCAAGAAUUCUCAGUAUCCUCGCAGAAAACACAUAUUGAUCAAACAGCUUCUGUGGAAGACCGUACUGUUUUGUUAAACACAGAUACACUUGUUUGUGAAGAUAAUAGCAUGAGACGCAGCUUAACAUCAGAGAAAAUUAAUAAAGACUCGAAGGCGACAAACAGAACAUCAUUACCAUUUAUGGGAAUUAAUUUGCAUUCUAAGAAGAGUCAAGAAUUCUCAACAUCGUCGCAAAAAACACAUCUUGAUCAAACAGCUUCCACUUCGGAAGACGUUUCUGCUUCUAAAUCAAAGAAUACCAGUAAAGUCAGCCGUGGGUUGUUUGGUUUCUCCUUUCCCGGCAGAUCUAAUAAAAGUUCAUCUUCUCAGCUCAAAUCCACAACCAAAAAUAGUAAAGGCAACACAGAUGGGGAGGAUACAUCCUACAAAACUUCACAAGAACGGAAAUCUUUGGAAGAGAAACACGGUAGAAUGUUUCUUCCAAUCUUGUCUGGACCAAAAGCCAGCAAGAACAGGUCGGUUGUUGUAGUAGCAAGCAGUAUAGUUGGCAUGUCACCAUUAGGACAGUUGUCCGACUCCAGUUUUUCAAACAUCGAAGAUCUGAAGACCGACCAUUUGAACGAUAACAUUCCGUCGUAUACGGAACCGGACAAAAUUAAGGAUUCUCAACAGCAUAAAACGAUUGCAAACUUCUUAGAAAGGAAAGACCCUAGAACACAAGAUCUCGCCCCUGCAAGGAACAAUAACCAAGUCUAUCCUUCGGCAAAACAGUCUGGUACUGAAAACUCUGUAAAGUUGACAACGUCUAAGCGUGAAUUUAACAAACAUUCGAACUCAGAAAGUCACCAGUUGGGAUCCAAUCUCUUACGCAACGAAAGAACUGCUUCCCCGAAAUCUGUUUCUAUGCACCAACGUCCUGUUCCAGAAGCAGCUGCCAUUCGUGUUGAAAGCCAGAUCAGUAAAGAGAAGAUAAACCUCGGUAACGAAAGCGUCAUUCUGUCACAAGUUACCCAAGUCCGAAAUGAAACCAAAAACGAAGAGAAAAUAUCUUGGCACACUAAAGAAACGAGUGGGAAAACAAAUGGAGAGGAUCUUAGCAUUAAAGAGGAUAAAACAAGAACUGUGUUUCAAUAUCGUACUGAAACCAAUUACGAUGAUGAUGAUGACGACGACGAUGACAAUGAGUUCUUUGAUAUCGAAGAACCGACAGAUAAGGCACCAACAAGUUCUGAUGGAGAUAACACAGAUUUGGAGUUCUAUGAUAGCGUAGAACUCGCUCCAGACACCCUUGGACAAAUAAAAGAAGACAGUAGUGGAGAAAAUAAAGCCGCCUUUGGUUAUUCUUCAACUACACAAAUUAAAACCUCUUUUGAGCAUUUAAGUCAGGACAGAAUCCAUCGCCGAUCGGAAGACAACAUUUCGAGUCGUUCUGAAAUAAGCAAAAGCAAUGUUUCACCACAUCGAUUACAUAAUGUAGCAAACUCAUCUGCUCCAGCGACUCAAGCUUUUAAGACUCCUUACAUAACAGACAAUGGUGCCGAAUGGAUCAAGAGAACAGAUUACAGCCAAGUUCUCACAAAAACCGAUGAUGUCGAAGAAAUAAAAAGAAGAUCCGAUAUUAUUGUGCAAAAAUCGAAGAGUAUCGACGAAAGCAGUUCUGGCGAAAGGCCAACACUAGAUUUACCAAAUAGAGUAAAUCAAAUACAGAGAACAGCAAACCAAUCGAAAGCUGUUGAAGAAUUAAGUAAAUUCAAUGAAAUCAGUAGUUCAAGCAGAAAGACUGUUUUGUCAACCUCCCCUUCGAUAUCAGCAGCAAGAAAAACUGUUCCUUCUAGUAAUAUUAGCAAGUCAUUGGAAUUAUUCCAGAAAGAAAUUACCAAAGUUGGAAAACAGCCUAUGAAAAUAGAAGAAAAGACACAAAUCUCAACUAGGGAGGAGAAGGGAGUUUGUGUGAGUAAACAUGGGAGAGAUAGUGCUGAAGAACCGCCUCCAGAAAGAGAUAAACAUGGAUUUGGUGUUAAGCCACUGAAUGACAAUAAUGAUUCUCUUAGGAUUUUUAGCGGUGCAGACGAUAUUGCCAACGCUAAAUACAGAGGAAUCAGACAAACCGAAGAAUCCAUCAAACAUAUUUCAAGAUCUAACAGCGAGAACAUUCCAAAGAAAGAAGUUGAAGAAGCGGCCAGAAUAAAUGAUGUUCCCACUCUGAGAAGUGAUAACAUCAAAACUGAGAACCAAUAUGUUGGUCGGGAAAUUGAUGGUGAGCAAAGCCCUGGGGAUCAAUCGAUAGAAAAUGUCAGGAAAGAUGACAUUGAGGAAAAUAAGAGCAAAAAUAUUAUUAAAUCAGAUGAAAAUCAAUCCAGAAGGAUCAAUAACGAUAAAUCCAAAAUCAAAGUUGAUUCUGAAACCGACUUAUCGUCAACAGUCAGGAAAUCAGAUUUGGAAUCGACUGCAAAUGACACUAAAAACAUAUAUUCUUCAAAGCAUCCUAAAAGGGAAAAAAGCGAAAAGUCUUGGAAGAAAUCUCCUAAAGAGAAGACUGAUUCUCACACAGCACAUACAGAUGGUAGUGCACAAAAGGAAAUAGCCAAAAGCCAGCUUCCUCAUCCUGAGAAAACAAAAUCUACUAGACGCGAAAAUAUUGCACAAAAAUUCGAUAGGCCUGAAGAUAAAAAUGAUGCAAAUCUUGGUAUUGGAGCUACUGAAAAUAGGGAACCAAUUCAGAAAGAAAAACCCGCUAAAUCUGUGAGUGAAAUGACUCAAAUUUUCGAUGCGAGUGGCAAACAUUUGGGUUAUGUUAGCAUGGAAGAGAUUCUACGACUUCUUAGUGAAAAGCUGAAUCUUCCAAGUGCUGUCAACUUGGAUCAAAAUACCAGUAAAGAUGCCGCUACGUCUGUGACCAGUAGCUUACAUAGAAAGAUGGAAGGGGAACCAGCAGAAAAAAGUUUUAAUGCAAAACAUAGUUUGUCGUAUGAGUCGAAAGAUAAAUUCGACAAUGAACCCCAUAGACAUACCAGCAGUAAAGCUGAUAUGCCAAAGGAAAAAGAGUUUCGUGAUCACUCGAAGAUUGAUAGUGGAGUUGACAACAAACACAGCAAAAAGGUUAGCCCUAAACAUAGCAGUGAAUCUAGCCCUGAGUCCAGCAGUGAGUCCAGUCCUGAAAUCAGCAGUGAGUACAGCUCUGAAGUGAGAACUGAAUCCAGCUCUGAAUCUAGUGCUCAGGCCAGUAUAAUAGAUAAAAACGAACAUCUCACUGUCUUAAGUGAGCCAACAAGUAAUGAUACAAGUGCUGAACACAGCGUUGAGUCUAGUCCCGAACUGAGCAGCGAGUGCAGUCCAGAACUGAGCAGUGAGUGCAGUCCAGAACUCAGCAGUGACUCCAGUUGUGCAGAACUCAGUGGAGAAUCCAGUAGCCCUGACGUCAACAGCAUCCCUAGUAGUGAGGCCAACAGUGAAACAGAAUGCGACCGAGAAUUCAGUUUUGAACAUAGCCGUGUAUUGAAUGAGGAAGAUCAAAUUAAAGAUGGUGACACCAGUUCAGAUUUCAAGCUCAACCUUGUUUCUGAGAAUAAAUCCAGUGAUGAUUCUAAGAUUGACAUCAUAAGAAUCAUAGAUAAUGAAAAUAGUGUAGAUGUUCCAAAUAAGGAAGACAGGACAAGCUGGUCCGAACGUGCUCCCAGCGAUUCAGAUAUUGCUGCUAAGAAUGAGAGUCUUGAUAAUCAAGUUGAAAUCGAUCAUGAAACCAAUAUUGAAAUUGUGAACAGAGAUUUAAGCGAGAAACAAUUCAAGGAUUCCGAAGAGACCCUUGAUACUGCUCACAAAACUGAUAAGGAAUCCAAACUCCAAACCAAAAUUGAUGCAGCUGAUAAACGUAAAGUGAAUUUAAGCCCAACUUCAACCGAAGAGAAUUUAAAUAACAUGAGUGAUUUAAAACAUCAUAGAUCUGAAACACUUCAGGCAAGAUCUACAGUUUCAGACGAUGUUGGCGUUACGUCUAAGGAAGUUUUCACUGAAUUUGGUCCAAAACAGAAACCAGACGACGUAAAUAUUGAACAAAUUGUUUCUGAAUUCGUUGACAGUAAACGUAAGUCAAGUGAGUAUGAUCUCAGAGCUUCCAAUCAAAACAGCAGCGAUGGAAUUUUAGCUAAAACGAAUGAUGCCAAAAAUAGCAAAAGCAGCGAAAAUAUUAAAGCCAUUGAGAUUUCCCGGAGCAAAAGUGAAAGUAUUGAAUGCAAAGAGGAGAAAGAAAACAAAUACACGGAGCCAAACAAGCCAAAAGUAAUCAGGAAAUACAGUAAAAGUUCAAAACAUGUUGAUAUCGAUCUUUUGGCAGACCAAAUGAAGGAAGCAGAUGCGAGCAACAAGACAGAUAAACUGGAAGAUUCUGAUCAUAUAGUUUCGGAACAAAAUAAAGUAAAAGUUGACAAAGAUGGGAAAAAGGAAGAAAAAUCCCGGCCGCCGAAACAGAAUCGCAAAUCAGAACAGAAAAGAAAUAAGAAGAAAAAUAAUAUAAAUAAAACAUCACGAAAUAAUGAAAUCUUUAGUAGCGAGGAUAACUCUGCUAAAUCCAGUGGUGCUGAUAUUCCAGGUAAGACAUCGUCUGAAAGACCUAAAAGAAGUGCGGUAGAAUCUUCUGAAAGUGACGGUUCCAACAGUUUGGCCAAUUCUACGAGUAAAGUUAACCGUAAAGUAGAUUCGGACAACGAAAGAGAUUAUAAGAAUAACAUAACAUCAGAUAAUUCUUUAAAAGAGCAAUCUAGCGAUAGCAGAAGUUUCGAAGGAAUUUGCGAUAGAAAGAUUAAGCCACUUCCGGUUAAGGAUGAUGUUAAAAAGAUAACAGGCCAGAUUUCUCCGUCUGUAAACAAUGAGCAAAUUAUGAAUAAGAAUAGCAUAAAAGAUGAUUCUACUGUACUGAAUGAAAAGGAAAGCAAAAUUAUGGUGAUUAAAGGGCGAGAUAAGAUUAAAUGUGACAUCACAUCAUCAUCAGAUGAUUCAUCAUCGUCUGCUAGUGUUGAUAAGACAAAGCUUUCUAGGUCUGCAGCUGUUAAUGUGAAAAAAAGGGUUUCGUUUGACUUGAAACCUGACAUCAGCAAACAUCCAGAAGAUACAAAAGAUAAUGAACGUGUUUUGGAUACGAAAAGCAACUACAAGGAGAAGAAACCUAAACACAAGUCAAAGACGAAAACUAGCAAAAAUAUCGAAAGCAGUUCUGCAGUAAUCAGUGAAACUAGGAGUAAAGUAAAGUCAGAAGACUCUUUAUUAACAAAAGAGAAGAAUGGAGAGGCUAUUUGCACUGAGGAAUCAAAUAACGCUCCAUCAGAUAUUAUCCUUGCCGAAAGUUCGAAUAAAGAAACGGAGGCAAUUGAUGGGUUAAAAUUCUUCGAAAGACAUCAGGCCGACAACGAGGUGACGACAUCCGUCAAAAAAGAGAAAGGAACCACACCCUUUAAAACUGAAGAGUCUAAAAAGUCGAGGAGUAGAAAUAUGACGGCUGGUGUAAAAAUAUCAGAAAUCCAGAAAGCGUCAUAUCUUUCCAGUAAAUUCGGGUCGAUUCAUAACGAAAGCAAAGAAGACAAACAGUUCAAUUUGCCACAUUCUGGAAGUCAAAUAAAGGGGGAAAUGCGUGAGGGAUUAGGUGAAUCAAAUUUUAAACAAACACACGACCAAACAAACGACACAGGGAACGAAAAAAAAGAGAAGGAACUAGAAAUCGAAAAUUUGAACGUCAAAGAUCAGAAUUAUGCCAAAGAUAUCACCAAAGAAACGAAACUGGGAACCGAUACCAAUUUGAAAGAAAACUGGGGGAUUUCGAAAAUGCAAAAUGAAAAUUUCGAAAAUACAUCUUGCCAAAAGAUUAAGCAAAGUACUGUUGAUGCUAGUGAGAAAGAACUUGAUCAGGUAAGAGUGUAUGAGACUAUGUCAAACGGGACUGUCGCUGAAGUAAGAGAUGCAGGAAAAGAUGCUGUUAAAAUAGACUCUGUCAAAGACGAAGAGUCAAUAAGUAAAGAGUUCAAAGAAAACAGCUUGUCAGAAAAGGAAGAAGCCAAUUUCAUCUCUUCAUCAAAAUCGGCCGAAUAUACGGAAGUUAAAACCUCAAAGGAGGCAGUGGUGAAAGAUGUUGAAUUAGAUGGAAAUGAACAGAAUGGCAGGGGUUUCUCGAAUAGAGAGGGAGAAAGUUGUGCAGAAGCAGAUAUUGACAAGCUGAAAGUUGAACAAAAAAAGGUGGAUUCGGAAUCUGAAGUUCGAAUUGUGAAGAAGGAAGCUCGAAUUAUUGAAGAUCUUUGUAAAUACGCGGUGGAGGGUAUAACAGAACCGCUGGAGGUUCUAAAUUCUCAGAAUGUAGAAAACACGGAAAUGUCGAUGGAAAUUGUCUAUGAUAACGUAGCUGAUGUCUCCAUCGAAUCUCAUGAAGUUGUACAAAUGAAUGUUGGCGAAAGUCUUACCGAUCCUGUAAACUUACAUUGCAACGAUCCAAUAGAGGACUUGACGACAUCUUUGAGUGACCAACUGGAAGAUAUUCGGACGACGCCAACAGAGGUUCUAGAGAACGAGUUUAAGGAGAUCUCGAUUUGUCCCGAUGAUGUUUGUUGUAAAUAUUCAACUGAAAUGUUUACUGAUGUAAACAAUGAACCAGAAGUCCUCCAAGAUUCUGUAUGCGUUCUGGAAGCAAACACCUUAGAAACACCAAAGGAAUCAAUAACCGACCAAAACGAGAGAUUAGCAAAAUUAACAGAAAUUACAGAUUAUGAGGUUAUACAUGUUGGCGGUGGUAUGGAGCUUAGUGUAUCAAUAGAACAAGCAGAUACAGUAUGUGAGGAGAAAAGAAAUAUUUCCGAUGAGACCAAAGAUUCUGAGGAACCAUUAAAAUCUCCACAAGAACUUUAUUCCACAGAAUCUACAGAGCCUCUACAAUAUGAAGAAGUCAGUAAACUUGUUACGGCGGUGACGAGAGCUCAUUUCAAAGACUCGCCAAGUUAUUUGAUUGAUUGUCUGAGCUGCUCAGGUGACAAUAAAGUAGAAUAUUGUACAGAUUUGGUGGACUUGGAGAACAUAGACCACGAAGAAAACAUCAUAGAGAUCACCGUCGUUGAACAUUCUAGAGUAGAGGGUAUUCCGAUUGAAAUGUUUGAUGUUGCAUCAAUAGACGAAAUCAUAAGCUUUGUGAAACUUGAGAAUACGAUCUCUGAAGAUCCGAUCCAUGAUUCAACCGAACAUGUAGACAUUGUCAAAGAAGUUCUUGCAAACGCUUCACUAGAACCUGAACACGUGCUCUGUCAAAAGAUUACUGAAACUCUACUGGAAUCUAUAAAAAGUCAACAGAAACUGGACUCUCAAUCUUCUUCAGUUGCCAGUCGAGAAGAUGACUCCAAGAGUUUCACUGGUGACAAAAGCCAAGUAAGAUCUGAAGAAAAAUCUGAGAAAAAUUACUCGCCCGUAGAGUCACAACAGUCACAGCGGACAUCAAACGAAUUAGAAGAACAGAGCGUAAAAGAUUCUAAAGAACUUACUGGUAAAGUUAAUGACAAAAGCAUGUCUCUUUGCCUUGAAAGUGAACAACGAGGGGUUGAUUCGAAAAUCACUACAGAUAAAACUUCAAACAAUUCAAGCUACCUAUCACCGACAAAUGUGAAUGAUUUUAAUGAAUCUGAAAAAGAUAAGGAAACGUUAAAAGAUCAAAUUAGUUCAGAUAUUGAAACAUCUAAAUAUAAGGAGAAAUUGAUAAAUGAAGAUAGCAAUGAAUCACUGGAAACAACAAGUUGUCAGGCAGUUGUGAAGGAAAAAUCGACAUGUGACAAAGAUGGCGCUUUUAAUGAGAUUGAUGAUAAAGAAUUAAAAACGAAUAAAGAUAACGAUGCCAAAUUGAGUGUAGAAAUUGUCGGAGCUGAUAAAGAACUAAGUAAAGCGGCAAUAAUUGAAGGAAAAAAAGAGAAAAAAGAAAAAGAAGAAAAAGCAAAAAGAGAAAAGAAAGAAAUGAAAGAAAAAGAGAAACGAGAAAAGAAAGAAAUGAAAGAAAAAGAAAAACAGGAAAAGAAAGAGAAGAAAGAAAUGGAGAAAAGAGAAAAGCUAAUGAAAAAAGAGAAGGAAAAGCAAGAAAAGAUAGAGAGAAAGUUGCGGGAAAAAAUGAAAAAAGAAGGAAAAGUUGAGGCAGAAAUAAUAGAGGAAAAUAGGAAGGAAAAUGAAGAAGCGAAGAUUGAAGAGACAGAAAUCAGAACAACUGACAUUGUAGAAGAAAGAAAGAAUGAAGGAGUAGAAAAUAUAGAUGGAAUAAAUCUGGAAAAUAGGGAAGAAAAAAUAGAAAAGAUGUCGGUCGUGAAGAUGGAAGAAUCUAGAAAAACAGAAGAAACUCCUGCUUUUGUCGAAAACAAAGAGAAGACAAUUAAGGAAGGGGAAUUGUGGAAAAUGGCAUCGAUCUUUGAGAGAACGAAUGAGAAGGACUUUCAGGAAAAACAAACUGAAGAAGUACUGGUCGUGGAUGGAAAGGAGGGAAAGGAAAGGAAAGAAGAGAAAGCUGAGGUACUGUCAGUAGCAGAAAGAAAGAGAGAGAAAGGUAAAAUAGAAGAAAAAUCUAAAGACGUUUUGGUCGAUAAAGGUAAAGAAUUGAAGAAAGUUGAAGUCAUCGAAGGAAAUGAAGAAAAUAAAAUGAAAGAAAGAGAAAGUAAAGAGAUUUCUGCGGUUGAAAGAAAGAGGGAGAAAAAUGAAAAAGAAGAAAAGUACGAAGAAAAACAGGUCUUUGAAGAAAAGAAGGAAGAACUAAGAAAUGAAGAAAAAACCGAAGAAGUGUUAAUCGUUCGUGACGAGAAGAAAAUAGAGCUAGGAGACAAAAUGGAAAGGAUAUCAUCGGUCGCUGACGUAAAGGAGAAACAGGCGAAGAUAAUGAAAGAAAUGAAGAUUGAAGAUGAGGCUGAGGGAGAAGGUGAAGGUAAAGUAGACAGGGAACGGGAGAAAAUGAGUGGAAAUGAACUUGUAAAUUUGGAAAAGGAAUCAGAAGUUAUGGGGAAUAAAGAGAGAAAUAACAAGGAGGAGAUAACUAUGGAUAAGAGAGAGAAGCAUGAUCAACAGCAGUUGUCACUUAAGGAUCGUAAUGAGGAGGAGGAAGAGGAGGAGUUUUACGACAGUGUGGACAUAUCACCACGGGAAAGUGCAAACGAACUCCCUGCUGAAUUGCGUGAACAGAACGAUAAUCUCAAGCCUAACGAGAGUUCAGUUAAAGCGCAGGAUUUAGAAUCGGUGACACCUCCUUCUUCAACUGAGUCACUGAAGGAAUUGAAAAGUCCCUGUUCAGAUAAAGAUGGCACUCUGAGCAACAUUCAAGAGAGUAUUGCUGCUGCUGCUGUUGAUGUCACUAAAGAUAUAGACAUAGCAAAACAAGUAACGGAAACAGCAAGUAGUUCGUUACCGGAUAUUUCUGUGGCGUCAUCUACUUCGGAAAAUGACGGCUUCAAGGAACAAAGUACUAACAACAACAAUAUAGACGAUAGAGAAACUAUGUUAUCACAGCGUAACAGUAAACAAGACAGUAGUGGUUCAGAUAUUACUGAUAUAGCUCUAGCGAAGCAGGAAGAGGCUAAAGAUAACGAUAUCACAAGCAUCAGUAAAGAAGUAAGAGCUACAACAGCAACAACAACAGCAGCAACAAAAACAACAGUCACAACAACAGUAGCAAAAAUCGAUGGAACAGAUCUUCAAUCCAAUGAAAUUGAAGAGACUAUUGAUACCUCAGAUUCAACAAAUAUCUUGAACACUGGACAAAACAAAUAUGUACCUCCUCAGCGUGAAAGCUGUGAAGAUAUGUCGUUAGCAGAUACUAGUGCUUCGAGCGGAAAUGAGAAAAUAAGCUAUGAAAAACCAACAGAACAUAAGAUCUCUACAAACAUGGAGGAUGAUGUUAAGGAAAUUAGUUUUCCUGAUAAAGUCGAAAACAACAGAGAAAUUGUUUUGUUAGCUUCAGAUAGUGAAGCUGAAAUGACCGUCCCUGCUGAGAGUAGAUCUGAAGAACAGUUGCAGAGUGCAGUUUGUGAAAACGCAAAACUAAACAAUGACGAAAUAUUAGUACAACCUAUUGUUGAUGAAUCGAAAGAAAUUUCUCCCAGUAUUUCAACGACUGAUGACACUAAAGAUGAAGUUGUUGCAUCGACACAAGCAAACAACGUGUCGUCUGAUUUAGUCGAAAAAGGUAUACCUCAUACGACGAUUGAAAGUAACGAAGAAGAGGAGAAAACUCAAGCCACACCCACCAAAAGUGGUGUUCUUUAUGCUGUUGAUGCUCUAAAGAGAAUGUUUGGCUUUUCUUCGAGUGAAGAACUUGAAACAUGUGACAAGAAUAAAGAAUGUAUAAUCACAAGUGAAGCCAGUGACAACAGGCAGCAAUUGGAUGGCAAAAAGGAUAGUGUGUGUCACGAUGAGGAUAAUAUUUCUGUAGAAGUCGCGAAAGGAAUCAAUGAACGGGAUACACCAGAAAAUAAGGAUUCCAAAGACUCUGAAGUUGAAUAUUUUGACAAGAACGACGGAAGUGAUAAAACUGAUACAUAUUUAGAAGAACAAAUAUCACUUCAGCCAACGUCUAUGGAAGAUAAGAAAGAAGAUAUAAACAAAGCAAAUAAAGACAUUGAGAUCGAAUCUUCAAAAGAGGAAACCGGUGAAAUGAAACACAGCGAGGAUAUUGUUAGUUCUGAAGGGAAAGAUAGAAUUAUUCCUUGUGAUGAAAUAAUACAGGUGUCGGAAGACGGAGAUCAUGCCAGCAGCGAAGACACAACAGAUCAAGAAAGUAGCUCAGAAUCUUCAAAAUCGGUAGAAGAAUCAAACAGUGAAAUAAGUGAACCAGAUUCUGCAGAAAGUUCAGGAAUUAUUGCUGCAGAUUUAGAAGAACUGCCUCCGUUUUCUCCUCAACAAACAUCAGAGGAGAGAAAUCUUGAAGAUAGCGACGAAAAAGUCUUCAAUGAGGAAGACCAGAAAGACACAUCUCAUGAAGAGUCAAAAGAAUUUAUAACCACUGAAGAGGGGGAAACAGAGCUCGAAUUGUCGCCAGUUAUUUCUAAGAUUGAUAACUUAGAAGAUGGCUGCAUCGAAAACACGGUCGAAAUUACAGUCGUUACAGAUGAAGAUUUGUCCGGUGACUUGUUGCCGGAAUCAGAUAUUCUCAAAAAUGAAGAAGAUGCAAGGGCUCAGUCAGUGGACACUGAUGUUGACGCAGAAUUUAUUGUGACAUCUUCUGGGUCCUCAGAUAUUGUAACACCAGAAGAGAAUCUUGAAUCUAAAAUUAAAAGAAAGCCACCAGUUCCACUACCAAGAACAACUUCCAAGUCAGAAGCAAAGGAUUCUAACAAGGAAUCAGAAUCAUCUGAAGAAAUCGAAGAUUUAAUAGACGCGGAAUCAAUGAAUGAUUAUACGGAAGAUGGACAAACUUCAGUAGAAAGUAAAAGUAAAAAACCAGUUCCUUUACCAAGAAGUGGUGUUAAAGCGGCUGAAACGGUAAAAGAAUCACCUGAAACUGACGAAUCUAUAGAGGAACAGUUCAGAGAUCUUUCGAGCAGAUUUAACAUGUUGCCACCAGAAAUGGGUGAGAAACUAAAUUUCAAAAAGAAACCUCCAAAGUUACCGCCAAAAUCUAAACUUAGUGGUGAACCAAAUAGCACCGAAGAAAUUAAUUCUUGCGAUGAGGAAUCUGAAAAUAAUGAUUCUGAAGAAAUUAAAGAUAUCAAAAGCAGAUUAAGUAUGUUGCCAGCAGAAAUGGGUUUCAAACUUAAUUUUAAGAAGAAAACUCCACCGCCACCACCAUCGAAACUUGCAACAAAAGAAGAUAAGGCAGGUGAAAUACCUGAAGCUGAAAGUGACGCUCAUAAUGAGGAAGAGAAGUUAAUUGAAAAUAUAGAGAUAAAGGAACAGGACAAUAAAAUCGAACCAAUAUGUUCUGGCACUGAAGACGCUGAUGAUGCACAAAUGGAUCUAAAACGAAGAAUGAGUAUGCUAUCGGCAGAAAUGGGAGUUGAAAUUAAUUUGAGGAAGAAAAGCCCUCCAAGUCCAGCACCAAAGGUAAAAAGGAGCGAUAAUUCAAUUAACGCGGAAGAAAAUAAAUUAAUUGAAGGCGACAAAGGCUCUGAAAGUAUUGACGGGUUGGAGCAAGUUUCUGAUAACAUCAAUAAUACGGACGAUUCAGACGAACAAUCAAUGGAUUUAAAAAGUCGGCUAAAUAAAUUAUCUAACGAGAUGGGAACUCAAGUAACUCUGAAGAAAUCAGCCCCGGUACCGCCACCUAAAUUUACCAAAGACAAAACGAAAUUACAAUCGGAAGAUGAUGAAGAAGAAAUGGAUUUGAAGUCACGAAUGAAUAAACUUUCUUCAGAGAUGGGUACUGAAAUUAAUUUAAAGAAAACCAAAAAACCCCCAGUGCCUUUACCAAAGACUGCAGCGGCAAAGAUCAAUAGUGUGACGGAGGUAGAGUCAAAAGAUCCAGAGGAAAGUGGGGAGACCUCUUGUACAUUCGUUAUUUCUACAAGUAUUAAUGACGUAGAAUGUGAUGAAUCAGGUAGUUUUACGUUUGUAAUCAACAGUGAUGCUACGGAAGAUCAAACCGUAUUUGCAGUCAGCGAUAGCUCUGGAACAAAAUCUGAAACAACUACAGACGGUGACGUAAAAACAGCCGAUAGCAGCGCAAAUAAAGCAGAAGGUGAUGAUGAGAACUCUAACAGUUUUACUUUUACAAUCAAUGAAGUGGCUGAUAGUGAUCAACCGAAUUCUUAUGACAUCACUAUAUGUCCUACAGAAACAAAUGAGGCCCCAGUGGUGGAAGAGAAGAAACCAGAACCGGAAGUUAAAAAAGAAUUAACCGCCGAAGAGAAGACUAAAGAGAGGUUAAAGAGAAUAUCGGAGAUGCUGGAGGAGGAACGGAAGAAGCCGAAGGAGAGUGCUGUUGACGCCAUGAAACGGAGGUUAAGUGGAAGUUUUCUGCAAGAGGAAGUAAAAGUCGAUCCUGUCAAAAGGAGAAGCAGUCUUACCAGUAAACCGGCACCGAAAAAACUUGGCAAUUUAGGAAAUUUACAGAAGAAAUUUGGCGCUGCCAAUGCACCUGGAAUUGACUUUGAUUCUAUGAAACGAAGAUAUGGUCUGUUACCAGCUAAAGACAGUGUCAAAAAGACGGCACCAGUUGAAAAGAAAGACAAUAAACUAUCUAAAGGUAAAGAUUCGUCCGCUAAAAACGAAAAUGUUGCUGUUGAAACCGAAACGAAAAAUGCUGCCGAACCUUGUCCGAUGACAACAGAAGACCAAGGAGACAAAACCAAAAAUGCUGAAGUUAAGGUUGACCAAACAGAUGGAACUGUUGGAAUCGAUGUAAUCGAAGAAAAAGUAAGCGAUAAAGGUAAGGAAGACGUAAAUGAAAAGAGUAAAGUGGAAAUGAUCGAUAGAGGCGAGGAGAAAGUUAUCGAUAAAGAAAAAACAGCUGAUAUACCUGAGAGUGGGGACAAACAGACGACUGUAGAAAAGAAUGCCGAUGACUUAAAAUCUUCAAAAGAGAUUAUUGAACCGGAAGACAGUUCUAAAGAACUGAAGGCUGUUUCGUCUGAGCUCGAUCGUAAAGAUAGUAUUGAUUCGAAAGAAUUAUCAAACCAGAAACGAGAAAUCCCAGACGCUCUGGAAGAAACCGAAUGUAAACCUGGUGUUAGUUUACAGAAAUCUGAUGAAGAAAAAAUUAUCGAUAAAAUUUCUGAAGUUAAAAGUCAGUCUAGUUCCGAAGAAUUAAGCAUUCAAAAACCUUUGUCUGUUACUGAAAGUACCGAAGAUGUCUCUAAAGUAGAAACCAAAGAGUCUCGGAAACUGGAGAAUUCAGAAAAGCUUUCAAAGGCUCUUGAAAGUUCUUCAGAUCUUAACAGGGAUCAAAACUCUGUGAAGGAUUCAAGUCUUGAAAAACAGGAAGGUUUGAGACAACCUACAGUUUUGGAUCCAAAGGAAUCUGGACAAUAUGAUGAUGUAGAAGAUAGUGAUACAGACAAAACAUCUGAUAAUGAGUCUUCGGUGGAAACUUCCAGAGAAAAACCAGCUGGAACUAUUAAAGAUGAUCUCGAGGUCGAUGACUCUCAAAAAAUAUUGCAUGAAGAAAAUAAUAAACUUGAAGUAAAACAGGAAGAAGAUAAUAAGGUAGGAUUAAAGCAGGAAGAAGAUAAUAAGGUAGGAGUAAAACAAGAAGAUAAUAAGGUAGGAGUAAAACAAGAAGGUAAUAAGGUAGGAGUAAAACAAGAAGAUAAUAAACUUGAAGUAAAACAGGAAGAAGAUAAUAAUCUGGGGUUAAAAGGGAAAGAAGAUAUUAAACUGGGCGCAAAUGAAAUCAAUAUUUUCUCAGACGACACAAGUAAUGAAAAGUUAAAAUCCAGCUACGAUGUCCAAGAAGACUCUUGCGAAUCUAAUUCCCAAACAGAACAAACACUCUCUGAUAAGGUGGAUGAAAGUGAAGGUCAAACUAACAUCAACAGCAAAAAUGUAUCACAGCAACAAAUAACUGCUAAAGAAGGGGAUGUAUCGGCAAAAGAACAGCCAUUAAGUGAUGUAGAUUUUUCUACAAAAUAUAUUGCUAACGAAGAUAAUCGGGAUGCUGAGUUAGCGCAGGUAAAGGACAGUCAGGAGCCUGUUGCUAAUGAUGAUAUUCAGAAUGCCAAGUUAGCCCAAAUAAAGGAUAAUGAGAAUGCUGAAAAUAGGUGCCAAGGACCCAAGAAUGAUAUCAAAUUUGAGGGCUUUAAUAUUGGUUUGCCAGAAAAUAUUGUCGGCACUGAUAGUGAAGAAACGGAUGAAGAAUCUCCGAAAGUUCCACUCGAUAAGGCAUUCAUCUUUGAUCAGUUCAGGGAUGCUGACGAAGAGGAAGAUAAUGCUGAUGAGGAUGAAGCUGAAGAGGAUGAUGACAGUGAAGAAAUCGUAGAACGUUCGGGCGACAAAUCAAGUAAUUCACUUCCGACUGAGGAAUUAGUCGUUAAAGGUUUGAAGGAAAAUCAAAAUGUUGUUCGUCAGUCUCAGUCAAAAGGUAAAAAUAAGAAAUUUACCAAAAGCUUUGAUGGUGACCGAAAUAUGGACGAGAUACUGAGCACCACCGAGAUUCCAUCGGCAAAAGCUUUAUCAAAGGAAAGAACUGUGAACUAUAAUGAAUACGAGUCGAAGUUAGAUAACGAAAAAGCUAAAGAGCCUAAGUCCGUCACUUUGGAUGACAAGUCAUUUGACUGCACUAGCUCCACCAAAGAUACUCGAAGUAACAAGACACGACGUGCAAAGACAAAGUCGAAAAUUAAUACCCAACAAAAUACUGAAGAGAGCAAAACUGACAUUGACAGCAAAUAUGAAAAAACUAGUAAAAUUGAUGAUAACAGUGAAAUGGUGACAUCACAAGAUGAAAUUUCUAAACUUGCCGCAAAUACUGAACCACAAUCGUCUUCCGAUAACACGGAUGUUUUGCAAGAUAUUAUUCAUAAUAUUAAGCAAACAUUGCAAGAACGUAAACUUAGCGACAACAUUAUAUCUACGGUUUUAGAAUCAUUGAAAACCAAAAAGAUUUUGGCUGAUGUAACAAAAACGGAAGUAACAAGCAAACCUGAUGUUCCAUUCACCUCACACAUUCCUGAUGAGAUUCUAUCAGAAAACGCGGUCCAGAAUAGCAAACCCAGCCUGAACGAAAAUGUUGAUUUAAAGUCAGGCCCCAGUAUCGACAUUUUCGUAUCCGAAAAUGAAAAACUUGAUGAUAAGUUUUCCAAUAAGGCAAAUCUUGCUGAAGCAUCAGAAGUAAUUAAAGACUUUCCCAGUUCUAUUGAUAUAUCGAGUGAAGAAAACUAUCCAUCUAUUUCAUUUGAUAAAGAAAGCCAUGAUAAAGAUGGCUCAAAUGGGAUGAUUUUUGAAGAUUCUUGCGAAACCAUUGCCCUUGAAUCUCGUCAGAAAGAUCUUAACGAUGAUGUUGUUGUUGUUCUCCCGGCUAUCAGUUCCACAGGGAACGAUGAAAAUGAUGAUAUGGAUGUUUUUCUGGAUGCAAAUGAAAAUAUUGUUACUGAUUCGAAUAUUGAUAUUAAAGAUGAACCUGAACAGUCGGGAGAAUUUUUCUUCACCAUAUCUACGGAAUUAGAAAAUGCUGGCGAAGAAGAAAAUGACAAUGAAUUAAACGUCGUGUUUUACAUCGAUGAUAAACAGUCAGAAUUAUCAGAAGAUGCAGACGACAAAUCCGAAGUGCAAGACGACAAUUUAUUUGAUGGUUCUGAAACCAACGUUGAAUUUACUCUGGAUUAUACAUUUAAUGAAGACGAUGUUUGUGAGGAGAAAUACGUAUUGAAUGACGAUGCUAUUGAGACAGAAAUUCGAAGUGAAGAAGCAGAGAAUAAUUUGAAGCAUUCUAUAGAUUAUAAUAAAAUUAGUGACGGUAAGCGAUGGACUUCCGAAGAUAUGGGCGAAGAAACCAUUACAGAUAAAACUGAAGAAGAAUCAACUGUUUCUGUGACGGAACAUUUGUUGUCUGACAUUAGUGGAGAGAUAAAUUUAGGAACACAGAAUGAGUAUAAAAUGUCAAACGACACUUUUGAAAUUUCCCAUCAAGAUAACAUUUUAGGAAAAACGAGUCCGGUUGCGUUCGAAAAUGAUGUUGGUAACUAUAAGACCAUAAUGUCGUCUGAAGAAACUAAUGAUGAUUUGAAAAAGUUUGAUUCAAAAGAGUUGUCCUAUCAAUACUCUAAAAAGGACAGCUUUGAGUCUGACAACAUGGAUUCGUCAGAAAACUACAUUAGUACUGAAAGAAACGUCGAAGAUACAAAUAAAGUGUCAGAUACUUAUUCAGAUGGUUGUGAUGAAGAUGAUGAGGUGGAUAAUCUAAUUGCAAACACAAGAAAACUUUUGCAAGGAUUCCGUCAAAUGAGGAUUCGCCAAGAAGAAGAACUUGAAAUCUGGCGAAAUCAGAAAGACAAGGAUGUUUGUGAUAGGGUGCCAACAGAGAACUUAAUCGGUAAACCGCCAUACGAAGACAUUCUACAGAUAACGAAUGAAUGGGACAAGACAGAUAAGAGUUGUGUAGAUGGCAGUGUAGAUGAGACACGCAGAUAUCAAGAGAAAAAAACAGAGUUUAAUGACACUGUAACUGUAUCUCAGAAACACAAGGAUUCUGAAACGUCUUCCGUCAGUUAUAAUGAGGAUUUGUCACGUGACUCUCCAAGAGAGUACAAUAAAGCUGACACUAUAUCUUCACUUAAGACAGAAACAAAAUCUGAAGCUGAAUCUGUGUCUAAUAUCUAUGGAUAUACAUUAGACACAUCUUCGAGGUACCAUCAAGAGACAGAUGUGUUUUCUAUGCCUCCUCCCGACAAAGAAGAGUUCGAUAACGACUUAACAAAUGCCAAAGAUACCGCAAACAAUUUAGAAAAUGCGAAAAGGUCCAAAAAACAUACGGAAAUGGAGAUUCGUAGGAUUCUGAUGACGGGCUUAUCACCCAUACGAGAAUUAGAUGAAGAACAGAGCUUGCCAGAAACUAACAAUUUACAGGAGGAGUCUCAAGUACACAGUCUGGAUAUUCCUACAAAUGAUACUGUCCCUGCAUCUUCUGAUAGUCUCAUUAAAGAAUGUGAAAAAGUACCGUUAUUGAACAUCGAAAUCGAGGUUGAAGGGGAAAUUUAUGAUGAGACUAAACCAGUAGAGGAUAAACACUUGCCACCGAUAGCUACUGAGAAACACUUGCCACCGCAAACACCAUACGUCAAAAGCAAAGAAGAAUAUAAAGACGAUAACGUCGAGACUGUGAUGGAAAAAUGGGGUAGUAUGCUUCUUCUUGAUAAAGGUAGAAGUCGCAAAUCAAAGCAAAAGGAGACCAAGACUCGGAAAAAGACAUCAGACACUUCAGAACCAUUGACUGAAAAAAUAUCCAAUGUGUCAAAAGAUCGGGAACCAACGAAAGUCUGCGAUACAGUCACACCUAAGGAACCGAGUAAAGAAAAGAGUUUUGAUGGUUCUAAACAUUCGGAAUCAACAAAAGUCCACGAUACUGCUUUACUUCCGGAAUCGCAUAAAGAAAAUAGCUUUGGUCGCUCCAAACUUCCGGAACCAAUGAAAGUCGAUAAUACUGCUACACUUCCUGAACUAAGUAAAGAGAAGAAUUUUGGUAUUUCCAAGCUUUCUGAAACAACCAAAGAACAAAUCAGUGAAAAGUCCAAGAUUUUAGAACCAAGGAAAGAAGAUAUUUGCGAUUCCUCCAAAUUAGCGAAACCUUUGAGAGAAAAAAUCGAUGAAACCUUCAAACUUUCGGAGACAGCAAGAGAAAAGAUCAGUGAAGACACGAAACUUUCGGAAACGGUUAAUGAAAAUAUUAAAGAAACCUCCAACGUUCCAGAAACACUCGUAGAAAAGAAGAGUGAAACCAAUAAAGCAGUGGAACCUUUGAAAGAAAACAACAGCGUAAGUCGAAAACUUCCGGAACCAAAAGAAGAAAAGUUCUUCCAUACCACCAAACAUCUGGAUUCUUCGAAAGAAAACAUCAGUGAUAUUUCUGUGAAAAACAAGGAGGUUGAAGAGUAUGGAAGGUUCCAACAAAUCACAGAGGGUCAGAGAAAAGUAGAGCAAAAGAAUCAUUCUGAGAUUGAUUCUCAACCCACAAAACUAGCCGAAACCAUCAGAAAGGCUGAAGAUGAUAAAAAGGAUCAAACUCCUGAGAAAACUAUUCGAAAGGAUCCAAGACGAAAAGAUUUAAGAACUUCAGUGAACGGUUCCUCUAUGAAUUCCGAAAAGCCGAAAGUCGAGCCAGUGUUAGACAAACCAAAGAAAACAAGAACUGCCGGAAUGAGAAAUGAGCAGCUGAAACCUUGGCUAUUUUCACAAAUACAAAGUCCUGAGGACGAGGAAAUGGAAAGUUUCAUAAAGGUUUUGACUCAAAAGGACAACAGAGAGCGUAAGCAGAAUAAAAAGGAUGAUGUCUCAAAUUCCACUAAGGACAGGGAUGUAUCACUGGAUAAGAAACAAGAGGCAGAACCAGAAACCAAAUACACCGAAACGCAGAAGAGUAACAUUGUCGAGAGCAUUGACGAUACAAGUGUCACACACCCCAAAAUAUUGUCACAGACCCAAGAGGAUAUUGAAAGGAAAUUGCUUGGAAAUGACGGAAUAAGUGGUGCUAAACCAAAUAAUGAAGUUCAUGUUGAGAAACUUAAUAGAAAUUCUAACGUGGAAGAUGAUGUCAAAGAAACAUCGGCAAAGAUUAUCGCUGAUUCAUCAAUUGAUUCUCUCCGUCAACAACAUCAUGUCUCUGAUAAAACCCAGCUGCCAAACCAGGUACCGACAACAGAGACAAGAGCAAGAGACGAAGGUGAAACUGUUCCGAAGGUUGUCGCCGCUGUGGACAAACACCACACGGAUACUUUAGAACACAAGUUAGACUCGACAGACAAGCAUUUCCAGGCAAAAGACGAAGAUACUGAAAGAAUUAAAACAAGUCUUUCCGUUUCAAAAGAUGAGUGCGCAAAAGAUGACAACCGUCUGUCUCAGAAAUAUGGAGCAGAAAAAGUUGAGAGUUUGGAGGAAGUUAAUGGUUCAAGCAGUUACCAAACAGAAAAAGAAAUGGAAGAGAAGAAAAAAGAUAUUUAUAUGUCAAGUGUUGACAGAAGUAAAGAUUUGAUUGAAGGAAAAGAAAUAAUAAAGCCAAUAGACCGUUCGGUAGAAGGGGAUAUAGCUAAACUGAGGAAGGAUGAUAUCGAUAAAAUUAGGCGUUUCACUGAAGCAGACGAUAAAAAAGUAGACGAUAAAAUAACGAAACAUGCUGAUGAUAGAGAAAAUAUCUGUGAAACCCGUUCGAGAGAGCAAAUUACCGGCCUUAAUGAGAGAAUUAGUGUAGUGAAACCAGUGGCGAUUGAAAUAAAGAAAGAUCACGUUAAUGAAGACGUUGGUCGUUCUCGCAAUGACGUCAGCACCAGUGAAAGCAAUAAUAACAAGUUUUAUUUGGUAGCAGAUGAGAAAAUAUCUGUGAUUAAAACAGGUGAUAAGAUAGAGAAGACAAUACAUUCAACAGAUGUCGUCCGUUUAGAACCUAUUCAGAGAUUUUCUGCAAAUGAAAACACCUGUUCGUUAGAAUUUGGUCAAAGUGUACAGCUUCUGACAAUGCCUGCUCCAUUAAUCAGAAAAGAAGUUUCGAAGAAAGGGGACUCUGGUGAUACCAACACAACUAGUUCUCAAGUUGAAGUCGGUAAAUGUAUCAAAAUUGUGAAAAGGCCAGCUUUCGAUCAGAAGCCAACCGAACAUUUAGAAAAACAACAUAAAGAAACGGAGAAGACAACAGGCAAACCUCCAAUCGAUACAAGCAAAGAUUUAGCAAAAAUUAAUUCUUCCAAAUCGACUGAAAAAGCUGAAGUAGAAAAAUACGAAUCAAAGAAGGAUGCAACUUCUGCUGAAUUGAGUAACAAUCUCCUUAAAACUGACAAGACGAGCUCGACAAAAGGAAAUAUAGAUCUUCCUAAAGUAGAACUUCACGAGACUAAGAUGGAUGUUCGCCAAAAAGAAGAUAUCCUUCUAACUAAGAUAGACAAACAUGACAUAAAAGAAAAGAACCAAUCAACAAAAGUUGAUCUUGCCCUGUCUAAGGAAGAUAUUUUCGAAACUAAAACAAGAACUGAGAAAAAGGAAGGCGACAUUCUUGAAGGUAAGAAAGAGCGCGGUGAGUUAGGGGACAUUUAUGAAACAAAACACAUACUUCCAAAGGACGAAGACAUUUUAAUCUCUAAAAAAGACAAUUAUGAGAUAAAGAAAGAUGAGUAUUCGACAAGCAAGGAUAGCAGUAUUCGUACAGUAGAGAGCAAUGAAUCAAAGAAGGAUAGAUUUUCUAUAAAUGAGAACAGCAAUAAACCCAACAAAAAUCAAUUUGCAAGUGUUGGUGACAUUCUUCAGAGUGAAGUAGACAUCUCCGAAAAGAAAAGACAGAAACCUCCUUCUGACGAAGCUGCCCAUCAAUCCGAUGACAAACACUUGAUAGAUGAGAAAGCUCAGAUUCCUAAAGGUGAGAGUCCUGGCACAAAGGAGAAAGACCAUCCAAAGGGACAAGACAGUCUCCGGUCGAAUUUGAACAAUGUUAGCAUGAAAGUCGAGAAGCAUUUUGAAAACAAGGACAUUCUUUUAUCUAAAGCAGACAUCUACGAAACUAAGCACGUUUGCCCUGAAUCAAUGGUGAAUAAGGAUGCCAAAAAGGAGGACAUUUCUCUGUCUAUCACGAAAAAAGAUAAACCAUUCGCAGGACAGGACAGUACUGAAACAAAGAUGUUAGAACAUCUUGAAUCUAAGGUAAACAUUCUUGAAACUAAGAAAAUUGUGCAUCCAACGGACGAGGAGAGUUGUCUGUCAAAAGGCGGCAAAGAUAAACUCUCAACAAACAAAGACACUUACCUGUCAAAGGUAGAUAGUAAUAAAACCGUAAAAGAUAGCAGCAGUAUCUCUAAGGAAAACACAUCUGAAGAAAAUAAACCUGUGGACAGGUGUGAGACAGAAGACGGUUCAAACGAAACCAGAAGUAAGAUUUCUACAGACAUAGACAGAAUUGACAUGUAUGAAACAAAGCAUCGUAUAGUUGAAGAUAAUCAUUCCUCUGAAGUAGGCACUGGCGUAACGAUAAAUGACAAGCAACACGGUCGUCUGUAUAAAGGAGACAGCUUUGAAAUAAAGGAAAGUGAGGUAAUUACAAAAGAAAGCAUUCAGCCAGCCAAGAAAGACACAGCUGAAGAGAAGAGGUCUACAGUGAGGGACAGUCGCCUAUUUAAAUUAUACAAUGCUGGAGUAAUGGAAGACAACAGGCCUGCUGAUUCUUAUAAGUUAGGUGACAAUAAAUCGGUGAAUGAUGAAAAUCGUGAUGUCUAUGUGAGUAAAUCUUCGUCCAAGGAUGACAGCAUGGAAAGAGAAAUAAAAGAGAUAAGAAAUUCGUCAGGAGAGAAUACACUUAGCACUACUACGAGAGAUAAUAAUUCAGUCCUGCGGGAUAGUGCUCUAAGAAAAGUAGACAGUUAUGAGACAUUGCUGUUUCCACAAGAAAGUGAUGACAAUAAAUUUGGAAAUGAAACCGAUAUGAAUGAAUUGAAGAAAGAUAAAUAUUCGACAGUCGAAGAUAUUUAUAGUUCUGGAGUGAACAGACACGAAACUAUGAUAGAUAACUGUCCAACGGAUGUAGACAGUUAUCUAUCAGAAAUUACUUCCUUUACAGAUAAACAAGGACAUGGGGAUACGAGGGGACCUAUGACCUCGUCUGUAAUGGACGGCUUUGAAAUAAAGCCGUCUAAAAAGGAACAAGUUUCACUAUCUGACGUGGACAGAUUUGAAACUAGUACGCAUGCUCAGCCAUCAACUGAACAAAGUCGCACUUUUAGGGUUAGCAGUUAUGAGCCGGGCGUUGAAUUAGAAUGGGUUUCUGUUGAUGAUGAUAUCUCCUAUGAAACAACGAACGACAAAACUUCAAGAUAUGAAGAAAUUUAUGCAUCAAAAGAAGAUAGCAAGGAAACAAAUCUAGAAGACGACUUUUUCUCUCAGAUGGAAGGCCAUGAUUUAAAUAAAGACCCUUUGAGACGAACUGAAGAAGACUUUUAUCUACGAAGAGGAAGGAAUGUCUGUACCAAGGGCAAAGUAUAUGACAUCGAGGAGCACAGAGAGCCAUAUCAAAUAAAUGACACAGAUGAUAGUCUGGAAGACAUAGUUAAGAUCCAAAGUAACCAGGUAGAAGACAGCAGAUACGAAAGAGCUCUUAAUGACGAUGAACAUCAAAUUGAUUACAAGAGGGAAGCUGUUACGUUCGAGAACUACAAGAGUAUUACCAGCGACAUUGAAGAGAUGAACUUUGAAGAUGCCCUUGAUGGCUGGGAGGAAUUCGCUCAGUCGAUACGAAUGAGAAGGGCAAAAAUUGUUAACCUUGAUGACGAAGACAAUGGAUUUAACGAUAGUGAUGAGGUGAAAUUUGAAGAUGCUGUUGACAGCGUUGACCAAUACAAAGGCUCCAUGCAGCUUGUCAAACGGGAAGCCAGUGAAGAGGAAAAGAAAAAGAAAAACCGACUCACAAACCUUCUGGAUGUCAUCAACAAAGGUGGUUUUGCUAAAUGCUAUGAAGUCUCUGAAGUUGGAAAACCUAAUGAAGUAUUUGCGUGUAAGAUUGUCCCCAAGGCAAUCUUACUCAAAAGUCAACAACGUGAGAAGAUGUUCCAGGAAAUCAGCAUCCAUCGUUCUCUCUCACACAAGAAUGUUGUACGCUUCGUGAAUUUCUUUGAAGAUGACAACUUCAUUUACAUCAUCUUAGAACUGUGUCGGUGCCGUUCAUUGAUGGAGAUGCACAAACGGAGGAGGGCAAUUACGGAACCGGAGACACAGUUCUUUGUCAAACAGAUCGUUGAAGCAUGUCAGUACCUUCAUACAAACAAAGUUAUCCACCGAGACUUGAAGCUUGGCAACCUCUUUUUAAGUGAUGACCUUGAUGUCAAAAUUGGAGACUUUGGUCUUGCAACAGUCCUUGACUUUGAGGGCCAACGUAAAAAGACUCUGUGCGGAACACCAAAUUACAUUGCUCCAGAGGUUUUAUCCAAGAAAGGUCAUAGUUUUGAGGUUGAUGUUUGGUCUUUGGGAUGCAUCGUGUACACAUUACUGGUCGGUAAGCCCCCAUUUGAGACUUCUUCUCUGAAGGAUACUUACAGCAAGAUCAAGAAGAAUGAUUAUGACAUCCCUGGUCAUGUGAGUCCAAAAGCUCGUAACCUAAUCCAGAAGCUGCUCGAAGCUGAACCACAUAAUCGACCAAGCAUGGAUCAGAUAAUGGCAUUUGAGUUCUUCAAGGAACCCAUUCCAAAACGCCUGCCUACCAGUUGUCUUUCCAUUAAGCCUCGUCUUGAUAUCAAUCGCAUUACCAGGCCGGUCUAUGAAAAUCCUACAGAAACUGGAGUACGCAGUGGUGGUGUUGGUGUUACUGGUGGGUGUUCAAACGAGAAGGAAAAUGUUGGGAUCAAAAGUGAGCAACCUCAAGUGCGACAGAAUCAGGAUGAAAGUUCUGGUGUGCACUUGAAUUUGUUGUCCAAAAUGCUUGGAGUUGUGAUAAACCUAAAGAACAAUGACAGAGAGCUUUUGGAAGAGGAGUUUGAAGACCCUGCAGCCAUUCCACUGUAUUGGAUAAGUAAGUGGGUAGACUACAGUGAUAAAUACGGCAUUGGUUACAUGCUGUGUGACAACAGCUUUGGUGUGUUGUUCAAUGAUUCCACACGGUUGAUCAUUAUGGCAAAUGAAGAAUACAUGGAAUAUAUUGAUCGAAAUAAUGUAGAGUCCUACUUCAGCAUGACUGAUUUCCCAGAAGAACACAAAAAGAAAGUGAUACUUUUGAAAUACUUCCGCAGUUAUAUGAGUGAACAUUUACUCAAGGCUGGUGCUGGUAUAAGAUCACAUGAUACUGAUAAGUACAGCCGAUUGCCAUUCUUGAAAUCUUGGUUCCGAACCAAAAGUGCCAUCAACCUUUACCUUAGCAAUGGCACUGUUCAGAUCAAUUUCUUUGAGGACCACACUAAAAUCAUCCUCUGUCCAGUGAUGGGAGCAGUUACAUAUAUUGAUGAAAAGCGAAACUGUAAAACAUACCGAUUCCUCACUCUUAAAGAGAAGGGCAUCACCAAAGAUCUUUUUGAGCGGUUAUACUAUGCCAAAACUAUAGUUGACCGUUUCAUUAGUAGGAAUCUACCACUGCGCCCAAAGUCAAAGAAUGUCAAAUAAGCCUUUGUAAAUCAUCAAAUAAUGGACUAAUAAUCAUUUGGUGUGGUGGAGACACUGGCACCAGGAAACUCAAGGAGGAUCUUCUAUUGCCUCUUGACUUCAGGGUUUCGAGCAAUUCUUGAAAUUGCCAGACAAUAGUGUAAAAUGAAAUUAAAAGAAACCCUUUAGUUUCUCACUGCUUUGACUUCAACACACACACACACACACACACACCUCAUAUAUAUGUGUGUGUGUGUGUGUGUGUGUAUUUGAGGUCUAUACAUAAUAUCUAAAAUGGUGUGGUUUAAAGUGUUACUGUUUCAGUAGUAACGCAUUUUGUAUACACACACACUCACACACACAAACAAUCACAAAUAUAUUCUCACACUUUACUCGCCCCCUUCCCAACUCUCCAAACUCAAUAUUUAAGCCUUUAGCCCUUUCUUUUCUGUUUCUAUUGCUGAAAAUGUGCUCCUUACCUGUGUCUGGUGACUGUUGGUCAUGUGUGUGUGUUUCUAUCCACUUUCUUUCCUUAUCCAGCCUUUUAUUUUUUCCUUUCAUUCUGUUAUCAAUUUAAUAUCUUCUGUCAAUGUUGCUAUAAUUGGUGAAGGCCAAUUUCUUUGAAAUCCCAGAAGCGGGCCAGAAUUGAAACAGGAUCAAACUAUAACUGGUAUUUUAAAGAAAUAAAACGAGAAACCUUCACUUCUUUUACAACAUAAAUUUUUAGGGAGAAAUUGCCAAAAAAAAGAUAGAUAUGUAUAUACUGAUUUUUUUUUUUUUUCUCUUGUUAUUAAUUUUCAACAUUGCUUGGGACUGUUGUUUAAUGAAGUUCUCCAUUGUUAUGCUGUGCAACAUUUAGGUCUACUGAUAGUUGCUGCUGUGCUUCGUUCUGCUUGAUAUUUUUCUCUUGAGAAAUAUCUUGCUACAUUCAUCUAUAUUUUUGCUGCAUCUUCCUUCACUUCGUCUUAUAUAUAUGCACACACACACACACACAGACACACAUACAUGUGUGUCUGUGUGUGUGUGUGCAUAUAUGUAAUUACAUAUACACACGCACACACAAUAUCAGUGAUCCUGGACCACUCACGGACAGGAAUUCAGGCCUAGACUUGAUGUCUACGUGUCCACCUUCUGGAAAACUCUUUCACAAUUUCAUGACAUUUAGGGGAGGUUGGGGGGGGUCAGAAUAGGUCUUGAUAUCUUAAUGUAGAGACAAUGUACAUAUGAACUCUACUUAAAUUCAACCAAAUUCUUGGACUGACUCCAAAGUUGGUUGCAUUUAAUUUCUCUUCCUGUUGUGAUUUUAGAAAAUGGAUUCUCUCUCUUUUUCUUCUUCCUUUCAACCUUUUAUCUACUGUAAACAUUUUCUUAACCCAUUUGUAAGUAAGCAGGUUUUUUUUUUUUUUUAAUGUUUCCAAUAAAGACUUACACAUCUGACCUUAA